AUGGCACACAGAGAACCACAGAGUUCUUUAUAUUACAAAUAUUUGCUGGUACAAAAUGAAUUGAAACUGAAAUUACAAGGUGACUCAACUGAACCACAUGCAUCUGAUUAUUCUAAAAGCAUUAACAAAUAUAAAAAAGCUAUAUUCAGAGUAAUGUUUCUCACUGGUUAUGACUAUUUUUUUUCUAAUUCAUAUUCUAGGAACACAUUCUUCUCUAUCCAGAAAAGCACAAUCACCAUGGACUCGACACUAGUGGCCCUGUUUUUCUUGUUCCAUGUUCUAAGUGUGGGUACAGGAAACCCUGUUCCAGAUGCCAAGAGCGCCAUUGAGCCGAUAAUAAAAACGCUUAUGGUUAGGCUGAACGCUUUCCAGGCUCUUCCCAGCUUAGGAGUCAAUCCUCCUCAAGAACUGGAAGGAUUUUCCUCCAUAGUGGCAGCUAUGAAUGGUUACAACAAUCUGAUCUCUGAAAAUCUACUGAAUGUUGCCCAGGUGAAAACUGACAUCUCCAGACUGACCAACGCCAUCAACCGCAAACUGAUGGACUGCACAGAAACCAACCCAAAGCUCACACUUCCAGUGCACCUGCAGCAACUGCAGAACGAAUGGGAACAGGACCCAGAAUGCCAUGUUGAAGCCGUCAGCCUGGAAGCUCUCAAUGGAGUGAGGGAGAUCCUCAAACUGCUCCAGAACCAAAUUCAUGGAAUUGCAUCUUGCUGA